AUGGAGAUGCUGAGUGGAGGUUUGGUAUUUAGAAGCUCUGAUACAGCCAAGCAGAUCGUUAAUGAAGAGAAGCAAAGCCUAGCCCCCACUUCUGGUUCAGGUGCCCAGAUUCCCCAGCAUCAUUUGCAGACAACCGACGGACAGACACUCAAAGACUCAGAGGAAAAAUUGGAGGAAGAUGGGGAUGAUGAAGAUCAUAAAAUAUUUGAUUCUGAGGUACUGACAUCACUUCUGAAAGCAGCAACUAGUGCUGGAUUGGAUGGUGAUAGUGGCAAUGUCGUAUUCACCUCUGUUGAUGGUUCUAGAGUUUUCUCUCUCAAGCGUCAUGCUGGGCUAGGCUCCUCACUGAGACCUGCUCGCCAAUCAAAUGGUCUCAAUGUUUCUGCAUCUUCUGACCUUAUGGCUGGGGCUGAAUCUAAGGACAGCAUAAGUGAAGAGGAAAAGAAAAAGCUAGAGAAGAUACAACUCCUGAGAAUAAGAUUCUUGAGGCUUGUCCAGAGACUAGGCCAUUCUCCUGAAGAUUCUAUAGUUGCACAGGUUUUAUACCAGAUGGCCAUUGAUGCAAGGAAGCACUCUAAUGAAGCAUUUAGCCUUGAAUCUGCAAAGGGAAUGGCCAUGAAACUUGAAGCAGAGGGUAAAGGUGAUAUAGAAUUCUCUUUGAAUAUCCUGGUUCUUGGGAAAACUGGAGUGGGAAAGAGUGCAACCAUAAAUUCCAUUUUCUGUGAAGAGAAAGCCAUGACCAAUGCAUUUGAACCCACCACCUCUGCUGUAAAUGAAAUUAUUGGAACAAUAGAUGGAGUUAAGAUCCGGGUCUUGGACACACCAGGUCUCAGAUCUUCUCUGAUGGAGCAGGCUUUCAACCGGAAAAUAUUGUCAUCUAUAAAGAAGUUCAUGAAGAAGUUUCCUCCUGAUGUUGUCCUGUAUGUUGAUAGGUUAGAUACCGAGGACAAAGAUCUUAAUGAUCUGCCAUUGUUAAAGUCAAUAACCAGUUCUCUCGGUUCGUCAAUAUGGCAAAAUGCCAUUGUCACUCUGACCCAUGGUGCUUCUUCUCCACCUGAAAAACCAUCUGGGUCACCCCUAAGCUAUGACUUGUUUGUUUUGCAACGAUCCCAUUCUGUUCAGCAGUCUAUCAGCCAAACAGUUGGUGAUCUGCGUCUGAUGAAUCCAAACUUGAUAAAUCCAGUAUCUCUUGUUGAGAACCAUCCAUUGUGUAGAAAGAACGGAAAUGGUCAGAAGGUGCUCCCCAAUGGACAAGAGUGGCUGAACCAAUUAUUACUUUUAUGCUGCUCUAUGAAGACCUUAUCUGAUGCAAGUUCCCUGUUGAAACCACAAGAUCCAUUUGGUCAAAGAAAGCUAUUUGGCUUUCCACUCCGUUCCCCACCCCUACCCUACUUGUUGUCUUCCCUAUUGCAGUCUUUUACUCAUCCAAAACUCUCAACUGAUCAAGGUGGUGAGAAUGUUGACUCUGAUAUUGAGUUGGGGAAUAUGACAGACACUGAUGAAGAAAAUGACGAUGUGUAUGACCAGCUCCCAGCAUUCAAGCCUCUGAGGAGAUCUGAUAUUGCUAAGCUCAGCAAGGAGCAAAGAAAAGCUUAUUUUGAGGAGUAUGAUUAUUGGGUGAAGCUACUUCAGAAGAAAGAGUGGAGACAGGAGUUGAAAAGGUUGAGGGAAAUGAAGAAAAAGUGCAAAGAUGGUGGGAAUGAUAAUGUUCAUGUGGGGGAGGAUGGAGACCAGGAAUCUGGAAGUCCAGCAACUGUACCAGUUCCCUUACCUGACAUGGUCCUCCCACCUUCCUUUGAUGCAGAUAAUCCUGCUUACAGGUACCGGUCUUUAGAUGCCAUGUCCCGGCAUCUUGCAAGGCCAGAUUUGAUUACCCGUUGCUGGGACCAUGAUUGUGGAUAUGAUGGUGUCAGCCUUGAAGAGAACCUUGCUAUUGCUGGUAUGUUUCCCACAGAAAUCUCUGUUCAAGUCACCAAGGGCAAAAAUGAGUUCAACAUCCACUUUGAUUCCUCUGUUUCUUCAAAGCAUGGGGAAAAUGGAUCAACCAUGGCAGGUUUCAACAUUCAAACCAUUGGAAGGCAGGUUGCCUACAUCCUAAGGGGUGAAACCAAAAUAAAAAAUUUCCAAAUGAACAAAACUGCUGCAGGGGUAUCCAUUACAUUCUCAGGCAAAAAUGUGGCAACUGGACUCAAAAUUGAGGAUCAGAUUGCAGUUGGAAGACGUCUGGUUUUGGUGGGAAGUACUGGAGCCAUUCGAUCUCAGAAUGAUGCAGCAUAUGGAGCCAACUUUGAAAUCCGUCUCAAAGAAAAUGAUUUUCCUAUUGGGCAGGACCAGGCCACCUUGGGUCUGUCUCUGAUGAAGUGGAGAAAUGACUUUGCACUAAUGGGUAAUCUACAAUGCCAUUUCUCCAUGGGACGAAGUUCUAAAAUGGCUUUCCAUGUUGGAUUGAACAACAAACUCAGUGGACAGAUCACCGUAAGGACUAGCAGCUUGGAGCAACUCCAGAUUGCACUCAUGGGUUUUCUUCCAAUUGCCAUCACCAUCUUUAGGAGUCUCUGUCCGGGAUCAGGUCAGAAAACAUCGAUGUACUAGGAGUCAAUUUCCAUUACAUCAGUUAGAGGUAGGUAAAUUUUCAUCACAGUCUACCAGUCUAGUCACUAGCUCCAUGGUCAUGUUCAGUUUUGUUCCAUUGCACAGAUGUUGUAAUUCACUUCAGCAGGUCAGAUAGUAAGCUGUAGCAUGAAUGAGACUGGAAUCUAAUUUUUGAUGUUUCACAAGUUCUGGUUCAUAUAUUGAUAUAAUUAUUGCUCUUUGUCUGA